AUGCUCACCCGCCUUCAAGUCAUGCAGUGUCUGGUCCCUCUACUCACCAUCUUCCCUGCUAUCAUCCUCGUUCACCUGCUGCCCAUCACCUGCUCCACCAUGGCUCUCCGCUACACCUCCUUCCAGCUCCACCGGCUAACCCACUGCUUGCCGCCUCCCUCUGACAUCGCUGCGAGCAUCAAACAUGCCGCUCUGCGCGUCAUCAGAACGCACGUCAAGUUAACAUAG